AUGUCUAAGUUCUGGCCUAAGGGAGGCCUUCCCGGUAUUCUGCACCACUACACCGAAACUCUCGUCACCUUUGAAUAUGCCUCUAGCACCGUCCGCCAACCGCACAGUCUCCUCUUCGUAGGAGGACUCGGCGACGGCCUCGCAACAACAUCCUACAUGGCCGAUCUCGCGCGCGCAUUACAAAACUCAGAAUGGUCACUUUUCACACUAAAUCUCACAUCCUCGUACCAAUCAUGGGGUGUUGGACAUCUCGACCGUGACACGAACGAGAUCGCCCAAUGUUUGGAAUACAUCAAAAGCUACAAGGCCGAUAAAUUUGGCGGUGGCAAGAUCGCCCUGAUGGGCCAUUCCACGGGCAGCCAGUGUGUCCUGCACUACCUUUCCCAGUCAAACCCCCACACCAAGAUCCCUGCCUUCGACGCCGAUAUCGAACACGUCAAGCGGCCCGUGCUGGACGGCGCCAUCAUGCAAGCGCCUGUUUCCGAUCGUGAAGCGAUCUUCUGCGUCUUGAAGGGGGGCAUUGGAGAUACGACGCCUGAGAAGGCUCGUGCUGUAUAUGAUGAGAUGGAGGCGCUAGCAAAGGCGGCUGUUGCUGAGGGAAAGCCUCAUGAUACUAUGCUGCCUCUCUCGUUGACUUCUAUGAUUUAUCCUGCCAAUACCCCAAUUAGCUGUCGGAGAUUCUUGAGUCUUGUUAGUCCUGAGAGUCCCCAGUCGCCUCAAGAGGAUGAUCUGUUCAGCUCGGAUUUGAGCGAUGAACACUUUAGGACUACAUUUGGUAUGAUUCAGGAGCGGGGACUACUGAAUCAUAAGCUCAUGGUGUUGAUCUCUGGGAAGGAUCAAUCGAUUCCCGAUUGGGUUGAUAAGGACAAGAUGCUGGCUAGGUGGCAGAAGGCGACUGACCAUGAUGGUAAAUAUCAGAUUUGGGAUGAAAAGCACACUGGCAUUAUUCCUAAUGCUUCUCAUGCUUUGAGUAAUGAUGACCAAGCUGAGCCGCGGAAGUGGCUUGUUGAGAGGGUCUUGGGAUACCUCAAGACUGCCGUGGAGAGAGCUUGA